AAUUUAGAAUAAGAAAACUAAAUAUAGGCUCUGCUUUUCUUUUCCAUGCCCCAUAACUCUCUUUUUGGGGGCAAGUAGUUGUGCUUUUAGAGAGGUUAAUAGUGAUGUGUCAAGGGGAGGUCCUCUUUGUAAUGGGAACGUUUCACCUUCUCAGGGUUAAGUUAACCUUGUGACAGUCACAUAUGCCACAGUUUGCAGCCCUUUGGGUCAAUUGAGGUCUGUCUGCGGAUUCUGAGCAUCUGGAGUGGACCUCUGAACCUUAGCAUUUGCUGCUGCCCUCACCCUUUGGAGAAAUGUCUGUCACUUACGACGAUUCCGUUGGAGUAGAAGUGAGCAGUGACAGCUUCUGGGAGGUUGGGAACUACAAGCGAACUGUGAAGAGGAUCGACGAUGGCCACCGCCUGUGCAGCGACCUCAUGAACUGCCUUCAUGAGCGUGCUCGCAUCGAGAAGGCAUAUGCUCAGCAGCUCACGGAAUGGGCCCGGCGCUGGAGGCAGCUUGUGGAGAAGGGGCCUCAGUACGGGACUGUGGAGAAGGCCUGGGUGUCCUUCAUGUCUGAAGCAGAGAGGGUCAGCGAGCUGCACCUGGACAUAAAGGCCUCACUUAUGAAUGAGGACUUUGAGAAGAUUAAGAACUGGCAGAAGGAAGCCUUUCACAAGCAGAUGAUGGGAGGCUUCAAGGAGACCAAGGAAGCCGAGGACAGCUUCCGCAAAGCCCAGAAACCCUGGGCCAAGAAGAUGAAAGAGGUAGAAGCAGCGAAAAAAGCCUAUCACGCAGCCUGCAAAGAGGAGAAAUUGGCCAUCUCCCGCGAAGCCAACAGCAAGUCAGAUCCAUCACUCAACCCAGAACAGCUCAAGAAAUUGCAAGAUAAAAUAGAAAAAUGCAAGCAAGAUGUUUUGAAGACCAAGGACAAGUAUGAGAAGGCCCUGAAGGAACUGGACCAGAGCACCCCCCAGUACAUGGAGAACAUGGAGCAGGUAUUUGAGCAGUGCCAGCAGUUUGAGGAAAAGCGACUGCGCUUCUUCCGGGAGGUUCUCCUGGAGGUUCAGAAGCACCUGGACCUGUCAAACACAGCCAGCUACAAAACCAUUUACCAUGACUUGGAACAGAGCAUCAAAGCAGCUGAUGCGGUGGAGGACCUGAGGUGGUUCCGAGCCAAUCACGGGCCAGGCAUGGCCAUGAACUGGCCACAGUUUGAGGAUGAAGAGUGGUCGGCAGACCUGAAUCGAACUCUCAGCCGGAGGGAGAAAAAGAAGGCUGGUGACGGUGUGACCUUGACAGGCAUCAGCCAGACAGCUGACCAGGCCGUGCCGAACAAAGCCAGCAGCAACCUUAGUGUCCCGAGCAACCCUGUCCAGCCUGCCCAGUCACAGUCCAGCUACAACCCCUUCGAGGACGAGGACGACACGGGCAGCACCAUCAGCGAGAAGGAGGACAUUAAGACCAAAAAUGUGAGCAGCUAUGAGAAGACCCAGAGCUACCCCGCUGACUGGUCUGACGAUGAGUCCAACAACCCCUUCUCUUCCACGGAUGCCAACGGCGACUCCAACCCAUUUGAUGAGGACACCGCCUCAGGGACAGAAGUGCGGGUCCGGGCCCUGUACGACUAUGAGGGGCAGGAGCACGAUGAGCUGAGCUUCAAGGCUGGUGAUGAGCUGACCAAGAUAGAGGACGAGGAUGAGCAAGGCUGGUGCAAGGGACGCUUGGACAGUGGGCAGGUCGGCUUGUACCCCGCUAACUAUGUGGAGGCCAUCCAGUGACGAGCCAUGGGCAGGCCAGCAGAGAGAGGGAGAGGCCGGCCCUGGAGCUCCUUCAGCCUCGGCCCAGGCUGCGGUGGUUUCUGCAGCCCUUGGGGCAUCCACUCUACCUGCACAAGACGCUGGCCCCCUUGUGCCUGCUUCCGGGUGUGCUUGGAGGGCAGAGGAGCUGGUCCUUGCACCCAGGACUCAGCCCUUUCCAAGUGCAUCCGGGAGCUCUGCACAGGAAGACAGUGCAGGAGAGGAGCUGGCCCUCCCACCCCCAGCUCUGUGCAGCCGGGUCUGUAUGUUCUCAACCUCACCUCCUCCUGAGUCUGUGUGGGUGGAGCUCAUUCUUCUUCCACUGAUUGUUGUCUCUCACCAGUCUCAUCCCUACUAGUUAAGUAAACAAACCAUACACCAUUUUCUGAGUGAAGAUUUUGAAGAUUUUAAUUUAAAGGCUAUGUACAGUUAUACUGUUUUACACACCUGCUCUGCUAUCCUCUGCACAUAAGUUAUGGCACAGAUUGCUCCGACCCGGCUCCAGGAUAUGAUAGCACCAUUGCUGUUCAUCAGCCUGGCCACUGCCUGGGGCAAGGUGCAAGGGCCACAGAUCCUGUGGACAGGUGAUGCCCAAGGCAAGAGGCCACGCAGAAUGUGGGGCACACAACAAAGGGGUUUCGAUGAUGAAUGGGCUGCGGAGGAAACCUCACACAGGACUCCCCAAAGUUGCCAUCUGCCAAAAUGAGUUUCAUGCUAUUCCUGCUUAAAACUCAACUGUUUUGCAGAUUCACUAUUUUAUCAGUGAUUUGAAAGGUUAAAUAAGGCUAACUUUUCAAGUAGAUGCUUCUGUGGAUUAAGAUGCUCUAUAUCAGGCUGUAUAUAUUAUUUGCUAUUUGGAGAAUCUAAACAGAUUUAAGGCCUCCGACUGUGUGGAGAUCUGUGAAAUGCUGUCUUCGAGGUCAUCACAGGCUUUGCUGUCACCAGUGUUCUUUGUGAGUAAACAGAGGCAGGUGUGACCGCAGCACAGUCCCACCGAGCACCCUCAGUCCUCAGUGCAAUGGGGUGACCUGAAGAACCUAAGGCAGGAAGGGCCUUUACUGUGUUAGCUGGGACAGUGGUAUUCUCUGCCACUGUUGUAAGCUGUGCUGCUUUCUACUGAGUGUCCACAGGGAGCUCCACUCUUCCUUGAAAGUGCAUGAGUCAGGGACUAUCACAAAAAUUCCUAGCAGAAGUCCCUGUUCCUGUGCUACAGAUAUACCAACAGCUGUCUCAUCUUUUAAAUUUAGUAGUUCCUUUAAGUGUAUUGCCUUUGAACAAAAUCAAUAAAUAGUUGAUCUCAGGUGUG